UUGGUCCCUGGACAGGCAGGCGGGAGACACCGUGUCCCCGGGGCCAGAGUCCUUAUAUCUGGCCUGCGGAGUUAAUGAGUAAUAUUCCGGUAUUAGCUGACCGGGAGUCGGGACCCUGAGCGCCUGUGAUACGGAGACCACACCAUGUCGGCGAAAUUUGAGAUGACGAACCUGGAGAUGAAGGUGGGGCAAACCCUGAAGCUCAAGGGCAAGAUCGAGACCAAUAUUGACAGCUUUGCCAUUAACCUGGGCCAGGGGGCAGAUGAGCUGGGCCUGCACUUUAACCCACGCUUCAAUGAAUCCAUCAUUGUCUGCAACUCGAAGGGAGGUGGCAGUUGGGGACGAGAGCAACGAGAUGAUCACAUGUGCUUCAGCCAGGGGUCAGAGGUCAAGCUCACGGUGACCUUUCAGAGUGACGAGUUCAAGGUGACGCUGCCGGAUGGAUACCAGCUGACCUUCCCCAACAGGCUGGGCCACAGCCACCUGAGCUACCUGAAUGUGCGAGGCCUCCACAUCUCCUCCUUCAAGAUGGACUGAGCGGGCAGCACCUUGAAUACAAGUCCCCAGCCUGCACCCCGGUUCCGAGCCUUCCUGCUGAAUCCCCCAGGAUCGGCGCCCUGGGACCCAACUCUCAGCCCCCUCACCUGCACUUCCUGCCCCUCUGGCCCCAUUUCCCUUCCCCAAAGUCAACAGCAAAUAAAACCUUGCACUUUUUA